AUGUCUCGUUCGGAACUUGAACGUCCCCUUUCCUACUCGGCCAAGCAGGAGAAGACGCAAGACCAGUGGAUGGCUGGAUGCACCGCGUCUCAACCCUUCCCUACGGACGCUUCCAGAUCGUCAGCGUCGGCCUCCUACGAUACCUCCACCGUCUCGUCGUCGAACCGACACAGCUCGCCUACGAAGUCGACUAACUCCGCGACGACUCCAUCGAACUUCGAACAGAAUUCAAACAGUGCUGAAACUGCAACUGCGACUGGAAAACAGAGGACGGGAAGCGGAGCUUGCAAGGCCGUGUUCGGCGAUAUCAUAACGUCAGAUAAUGUAAAGCAUUAUCUGCAUGGUCUUCGUAUAGAGGGAAUACCCUCCUGUUGUAUCAACAUAAUCCAGAAGACGCUCCCGGUCAAGGAUCAGUCACGCGCUAAUAUACACAGGAAGCUUACGAAACAUCGACUAGCUAUAAGUCACCACACGAUGUGGAUGAAAAUGUAUGCCCGGGCUGAUUCAUGGAACAAGACGAAGGACCACUUCUUCGAGUGCGAGCAUCCGGAAUGUCGAGCCAAGUUCAUCACAGAAGACCUCCUCACAAUACACCAUGAUAGAGAACACCGAAGAAUAGCACCUCUUCCUAGCCGUGCUUCCAACUUAAAGCCCGUCAGCGAGAGCAUAACAGAGAACCUCCGCACAAUAUACCAAGAUAGUGAACACCGCAAAAUCGCUCCCCUCCCCAGUCGUGCUUCUCACUCGAAGCCCGUCAACGAGACCAGAAGCGUUAUACAACAAGGAACGCUGAUAAGCGCGCAGUCAGAAAGCGACUGUUGGGACGCCUUCCUCGCGGAAGUGGCCGCUAUACCCUUGCCUGUUCGCUCCCAUGCCGCGGUCCCUUCGCCACCUACGCCCAUUAGUGCUCCUAAGCUGACGCCUGUGAACGGCCCCUCCACAUCGGUACCCGUGAAUACUCCAACCCGCAGCAAUCCUAGCACGAAGAUAGCGCGCGGAAUGACUGGCCUGACCCCUCACCAGCUCAAGCCCAUGGCUCCCCCUCCUCCGCCUCGCCGUCCUGAGAUUGACCAGUCACGGCCGUAUAUUAUGCCUGACGGCUCGCAGGUUCCAUGGCCGGUGAGGCCAUGCAAGGAUGCGUCUUUGAGAGUAGACACGCUGGUCGCGGGCAUAGUUCGAAUCUGCGACCGAUCAUCAGCCGGGAGGUCUGGAUAG